GAACCACUGUUGAACCACUGCCCGUGAAGCGCACGCACUCAUUAUGAAAUAGUUUUUCAAAGGCACACAGUUGAGUUGAACCACUGCCCGUUAUCAAUGGAUAAUAAAGUCAAUAAGCGGGAAACUUGGUCCAAGACGAUCGACUUUGUUCUUGCGCUCGUAGGGUUCUCUGUUGGACUGGGAAACAUUUGGCGCUUCCCGUACCUUUGCUAUAAAAAUGGUGGAGGAUGUUUUCUGAUCCCGUACCUAAUUUGCCUCGUUUUUGCUGGUGUCCCUGUUCUGAUCCUGGAAGUUUGUCUGGGACAGUUUGCAAGUCAAGGUGGAAUUACAGCAUGGCUGAUAUGUCCGCUUUUUCAAGGUAUUGGAUGGGCAAGUGUCAUCAUCGUUCAGUUUUUAAACAUAUAUUACAUCGUCAUCCUUGGCUGGGCUCUGUUUUACAUGUUCGCAUCUUUCCAAUCCGAGCUUCCUUGGUCUCGCUGUGGCAAUGAUUGGAACACACCGAAUUGUGUUGACUAUGUCACAUCUGAAAAAGGCUCCAAUAUAGCCAAUACCACAGUCAUACCAACCGUAAUGGCGAACAUGUCGAACAUGUCAACAGUACCAACUGCUGUGGCAAAGGCAGCUAAAGUGUCUGCGAGCGAGGAGUAUUUUGAACAUAGAGUUUUAAAGCUGAGCACUGCUUUGGAUGAACCCGGCAUAGUGAACUGGGAAGUAGCUUUGUGUCUCUUGUUGGCUUGGAUAAUCUGUUACCUCUGUGUUUUCAAAGGUGUCAAAUCCACAGGAAAGGUUGUCUACUUCACUGCUACAUUUCCUUAUGUACUUUUGACGAUUUUGCUCGUUCGAGCCGUCACUUUACCUGGUGCUGCUGAAGGGAUCAAGUUUUACCUCACUCCAAAUUUUACUCGACUGGCUGAUGGUCAGGUGUGGCUUGAUGCUGGAACGCAAGUGUUUUUUUCAUAUUCUAUUGGACUUGGAACGUUGAUUGCCCUCGGGAGUUACAACAGAUUCCAUCACAACUGUUACAGGGACAGCAUAAUAUUCGCUUGUGUAAACAGUGGAACAAGUUUCUACGGUGGUUUUGUGAUAUUCUCGGUUCUUGGCUUCAUGGCUCAGAAGCAAGGGGUUGAAGUGAAGGACGUGGCAAAAGGGGGUCCAGGACUUGCAUUCAUCGCUUAUCCAGAGGCCGUUGCUCAGAUGCCUUUGGCCCCUCUAUGGUCGGUUCUAUUUUUCUUUAUGGUCUUCUUGCUGGGACUCGACAGCGAGUUUGUAGGCAUUGAGGGAUUUGUAACAGCCAUUGUGGACCUGUUCCCCAAACACUUAAGGCGUGGUUAUCGUAAAGAGAUGUUCAUCGCAUUUAUGUGCUGUAUCUGGUUUCUCAUUGGUCUGUCCAUGGUUACUAAGGGUGGGAUGUACGUCUUUCAACUAUUUGACAAUUACUCGGCCAGUGGCUCUGCUCUUUUGUGGAUCGCCUUGUUCCAAAGUAUUGCCAUUGGUUGGAUCUACGGUGGUGAACGUUUCUAUGACGAUAUGGAGAAUAUGAUUGGAUUUCGUAUUAACCCGUGGCUCAGGUGGUGCUGGAUGAUAUUCACACCUAUUUUCUGUUUGGGUGUCUUCAUUUUCAGUCUAGUGACGUACUCGCCUCUAGAAUACAACGGUUACAAGUACCCUGACUGGGGAGAAACCAUAGGCUGGAUCAUGGCUUUGUCUUCAAUCGUGUGCAUUCCAAUUGUGAUGAUAUACAAGUUGGCCACAACACCAGGCUCUCUAAGAGAACGUUGGGAUACCCUGACCACGCCCAGUCUAAAGAAUCAGUCUCCAGAGGCCAAAAGGCACGACUUCUCUCAGGCGUCUUACAAACUCCAAACCACGGCAUCGCUUUGAGGGCAUAUACGUAUGAUUUGGUUUUCCUCAGCUACAGUGUGUUUAUUGGGACUUUUCACAAACCCUGUACCUGUUUAUUUUAAUCAUUGUAGGAACCGUCAGGCAACGGUCAUCCUUUUGGAAUAUAUUUACAUACAAAUCCUCAAUUGUAUCAAAUAUUCGUAUUAAUUUGUUCAAACAAUAAUGGUGUU